GAAUACUUCUGGAGGUGACCACGAAAGUGACGGAUGUGAGUAACGGGAUGUGAUUUAUUUUGGUUUGUAGGUUAAGGAAUAGUAGAUAAGAUUUCAGAAAGGCGAAUGAAAAAAGUAGGUUAACUUGAUUCUACACAACAUUCCGUAUAACUGUUAGCCCAAAAAAUUAAUCGAGAAAAAUCAGUAUUAAGUUGUCUUAUUAAGGCAUCAGUAUUUCAACAUCACAAAUUACAAUGUCGAUAAUAAAAGAAAAAGUUCAUAAAACAGUUUACAUCAUAUUUAUAUCAUUACUAUUAGAUUUAUUAGCUUUUACUAUGAUAUUGCCACUUUUUCCAUCGUUACUGGAUCAUUACAAAGUUAAUGAUAAUAUAGGAUUGUAUAAAUGGCUCUCAAGUCAAAUAUAUGGUUUUCAAGUAUUAGUAGGAGCACCCGAAAAGUAUAAUUCAGUUUUGUUAGGAGGGUUCUUAGGAUCCCUAUUUAGCUUUUUGCAGUUUCUAGCUGCUCCCAUUUUUGGAGGAAUGUCCGAUAUUAUAGGAAGAAAAAAAGUAAUGUUUAUAUGUUUGGUCGGUAUAUCACUUUCUUAUGUUCUUUGGGCAUUAUCAAGUAAUCUCAUGAUGUUUAUACUGGCAAGAUUUUUGGGAGGAAUUAGUAAAGGAAAUGUUUCUUUAAGUAUGGCAAUAAUCACAGAUGUGUCUUCCAUUGAAACUCGCGGCAAAGGAAUGGCAUUUGUCGGGAUUGCAUUCUCUUUAGGAUUUAUUAUUGGACCAUUAAUUGGAGCAGCAUUUGCUGUUUGGGCGAAAAAAAGGACAGGAGAAUGGUUUGUUAUUCCGGCCAUUUUUGCAUUUCUACUGUCACUCAUUGAUUUAAUUUUUUUUAUGACAUUUUUCAAGGAAACAUUACCAAAGGAAAAACGCAUUAAGGACGUUAAAGUAACGUUAACCAACUCUGGUGCCCUGAUCAAUGUAAAGGAUCUAUUUAGGUUUACUGCCGUCACCGGAAUAAACUCUUCUAAAAGAAAAGAAUUGACAACCUUGGGCCUGAUUUAUUUUGUAUAUUUACUGAUAUAUAGUGGCUUAGAAUUUACACUUACUUUUCUCACCCAUCAUGUUUUUAAUUAUACUGCUAUGCAACAGGGAUGGAUGUUUUUUGUAAUUGGUAUAACAAUGGCUGUGAUACAGGGUAUUUAUGUUAGAAAAAUACAUCCACAAAAAACAAAAUCAAUUGCUGUGAAAGGAUUAUGGUUGACUGUUCCGGCUUUCAUUUGUGUUGGAAUAGCAUUUGAAUAUUUUGUUCUAUAUUUUGGAUUGUUGCUGUUCUCGAUAUCCACAGCAAUGGUAGUUCCAAGUAUAAUGACCAUGGCAUCAGAACAUGGUUCAGAACAACAAAAAGGAAUUGUUAUGGGUAUAUUCCGGUCCCUUGGAGCAUUAGCUAGAGCAGUGGGGCCAAUUUUUGCAAGUAUUGCAUUUUGGAGUGUUGGUUCAAAAAUUACGUACUUAACAGGAUCUGUCCUUUUACUUUGGCCUGCUAUCACAUUAGGCAGAAUGAAAUAUGUGAUAUCUAGUUAUCAAAGAUAAUUAUUCUAUAUGUAUUCAAAUUUAUCUAUAUUUUAUAAAUAUAUUUAUUUCUGU